AUGGACCACCGCAGCAGGAACUUCUCCUUCAACGCCCUCCGAGACGCCAUGUGCAUCGGGAGCACUCUGCCGUUCGCCACUACUUCGCUCCGGCCCCAGACCGUCGCGGCCCACAAGCGUGCGGCGCAGCGGACGAGAGAGUCGCUGCUGGCGAACGAGUUGAGCGAGAUCGAGCUCUCGAGGUCCGCGGCGGGCGGGAUCCUCAAUCGGCCGGUUGGGGCGCAGGGCGAGGGAACUCGACUCACGACUCAUACGGCACCGAUGGGCCUGCCAGGGCUACCCAUAUUUGACGACCUCGUGAUGAAGCUGCCGCUAUUCGGGUUGGUCAUGCUUUGGGAGGCUUGCGUCUGGGCCGAUGCGCCUGAUGUGUCCGACGCUGUGGACGUGCCGGUGCCGCCGCUCUCGCUCGUCGUAGCCGACGACGCGGGCGUCGUCGCCGACUGGUUGUCCCCAGGGUUCGCCGCCGUUGACGACGUCAGGUCGUUGGUGUGGCCCUUGUUGGCCGUGACACCGACGGCGCCGCCCACGACGGUGGCGACGGCGACGAUGUCGGCGACGAGGAAGGUCGGCAGCCACCUUCUGGUCUUGUACCACGGCCGCGCGGGGGCGCGGUGCGCCGUGCCCGCGUACCCGUCCUCCGCCUUUGCGGUGUCGAGCAUGGCGGGGCGCACGCACGAGCCUUUGUCCAGGAGGCUCGAGACGUCGUAUCCUUCCCGCGGGUGUGCGCGGGGAGCAUGGUCAGCGUUCCGCCUUCACGUUUGA